GUGGCGUGGGCGGGGCGUCGCGGCUCCGACGCGGAUCCGCCGGGGGAUUGGCUAGUUCUCGGCUUCCUCCGCCCCUGGCCAAUCGCCGUGGCGAACUUCCUGGAGGGUGCUCCUGUGCUCUGGUGUCGCUCCGGAGAUCUCCGAGUGAUUUGCGGUGCUGGGAGGCCUGGCCCCGCACUCCCGGCUAUGAGGCUCCGCAGAUCCUGGCUGCUAUUCCUGCUCCUGGCGCUGACGCAGGUGCUGGCGGCAGCGAGCGCGGGAGAUGCGGAGGAAGACGCUUCAGAUGCAGAAAAUCCCAUUGAGGAGGAAGAUGAGGAGGAGGAAGAUGAAGAGGAAGAUGACUUGGAAGUUAAGGAAGAAAAUGGUGUUUUGGUCUUAAAUGAUGUAAACUUUGAUAACUUUGUGGCUGACAAGGAUACAGUGUUGCUGGAGUUCUAUGCACCAUGGUGUGGACAUUGCAAGCAGUUUGCUCCAGAAUAUGAAAAAAUUGCUAGCACCUUGAAGGAUAAUGAUCCUCCCAUCCCUGUCGCUAAGAUUGAUGCCACCUCAGCAUCCAUGUUGGCCAGCAGGUUUGAUGUGAGUGGCUAUCCCACCAUCAAGAUCCUGAAGAAGGGACAAGCUGUUGACUAUGAGGGCUCCAGGACCCAGGAAGAAAUUGUUGCCAAAGUCAGAGAAAUCUCCCAGCCCAACUGGACUCCUCCACCAGAAGCCACAAUUUCCUUGACCAAAGAUAACUUUGACGAAGUUGUGAAUGAUGCAGACAUCAUUCUGGUGGAGUUCUAUGCCCCAUGGUGUGGACACUGCAAGAAACUCGCUCCUGAGUAUGAGAAGGCUGCCAAGGAGCUCAGCAAACGUUCUCCACCAAUUCCUUUGGCCAAAGUUGAUGCCACCGCAGAGACAGACCUGGCUAAGAGGUUUGAUGUCUCUGGCUACCCCACUUUGAAAAUUUUCCGCAAAGGAAGGCCUUUUGACUACAAUGGCCCACGAGAGAAAUAUGGAAUUGUGGACUACAUGAUUGAGCAAUCUGGGCCUCCCUCAAAGGAGAUUCUGACCCUGAAGCAGGUCCAGGAGUUCCUGAAAGAUGGAGAUGAUGUCAUCAUCAUUGGUGUGUUUCAGGGAGACAGUGAUCCAGCCUACCAGCAGUAUCAGGAUGCUGCUAACAACCUGAGAGAAGAUUACAAAUUCCACCAUACUUUUAGCACUGAAAUAGCUAAGUUCUUGAAAGUUUCCCUGGGGACGUUGGUGGUAAUACAGCCUGAGAAAUUCCGGUCCAAGUAUGAGCCCAAGAGCAAUGUGAUGGACAUUCAGGGUUCCACAGAAGCAUCAGCCAUUAAGGACUAUGUGAUGAAGCAUGCCUUGCCGUUGGUGGGCCAUCGCAAGUCCUCCAAUGACGCCAAGCGGUACACCAAGCGUCCCCUGGUGGUUGUGUACUACAGUGUGGACUUCAGCUUUGAUUACAGAGCUGCUACUCAGUUCUGGCGUAACAAAGUCCUGGAGGUGGCUAAGGACUUCCCUGAGUACACCUUUGCCAUUGCUGAUGAAGAAGACUAUGCCACAGAGGUGAAGGACCUGGGACUCAGUGAGAGUGGAGAGGAUGUCAAUGCAGCCAUCCUGGAUGAGAGCGGAAAGAAGUUUGCCAUGGAGCCAGAGGAGUUUGAUUCUGAUACUCUCCGGGAGUUUGUCAUGGCUUUCAAAAAGGGAAAACUGAAGCCAGUCAUCAAAUCACAGCCAGUGCCCAAGAACAACAAGGGGCCAGUCAAGGUGGUGGUGGGAAAGACCUUUGAUGACAUCGUGAUGGACCCCAAAAAGGAUGUUCUCAUCGAGUUCUAUGCUCCAUGGUGCGGGCACUGCAAGCAGCUGGAACCAGUUUACACUAACCUAGGCAAGAAAUACAAGGGCCAGAAGAACCUGGUCAUCGCCAAGAUGGAUGCCACUGCCAAUGACAUCACCAGUGACCGCUACAAGGUGGAGGGCUUCCCCACCAUUUAUUUUGCCCCCAGUGGGGACAAAAAGAACCCAAUUAAGUUUGAGGGUGGAGACAGAGAUCUGGAGCACUUGAGCAAGUUUAUAGAUGAGCAUGCCACCAAGUGGAGCAGGACCAAGGAAGAGCUUUAAGGCCUGCAGGUCUGCGGAAGGUGGAGGGACCAGACACUGUAGUGGCCAGCACUGGCCACCAAGCAAGCAAGCCAUCAGUGGCAGUAUCUUGACUUAAAAUUUUUUUUUUUAAUACUUUGGUAUUCGUCUCAUGCUCUGAAUAACAGAAUAGCCAUGAAUGACUCAAUAGUUUAGACCAGAUUUUUAUGGAGGAUACAUCUAUUUUUAUCAUUUUUGGGUCUGAUUUUUUUUUUUAAUCCUUUUACUUUAAUAUUUCCUCAAAGCAGAUAAGCUGAAUCUUAUGUGUGAGAAUUUUUCUUUUUUAAUUUAAAGUUUAAAAAGUCUUUGUCGAAUCUUGUUGUUUGCCUUUUAUUUUCCCAUUGUCCAAAGAAACGUUAAAAAAUAUGUAAAUGU